AUGUCUUCUUCACUCCCAUUCAACGUCAGCACAAUUGGGUACUAUAUUCGCGAGGGACCGCCGACGUUUCGUUGCAUCCCGAAAGAACCAUCAGUUUUGCCCAUCGUCUCCACUCAGCUCGACGGGCACGUUCUCCUGGACAAGAACGGAUUCGAGGAAGAGAACGUGCACGAGCAGCAGAUGCAAUCACUUCUCGAAUUCAUUUGGACGGAUCCGCUCGUUCUGAAAGGCGUCCAAGUCGUCACGCAUCGUCAGAUUCUUGCCGAAGUGGCAGCUCACGAAGAUCCUUUGGCGAUUUUGGCGUUCAAGUACGAGGAUCGGUACUGGCUGAUAAAAUAUCCCGGAGAGGGAGAGGAAUCUAGCGGCGGGGCAAACGAUCAUCUGGCUCGAGGACACGCUGUUCACAGGUUCGUAACAACCGGACAAACUUCUGAGAAUGCACAGACAGAGAAGAAGCCGGUCAUCAAAAGUGUUUGCAAGUUGAACGUCAACUCCGAGCAGUCUGCGUGCUUCCUGUACUCGGCGGAGAUUAACGGACGUACUACGGAUGGCUUGCACGUUGAAGUCAAAAGUUCUACUCUGCCCAGUUUAGAAGAUUGGAUCCAAAAAAGGAACAGCUACUGUUACUAUCAGUGCUUGCUCGGAAAUGUGCCCAAAAUCGUCGUGGGUUUCGGUCGGAACUGGAAGCCUCAUCAGUUUUGUCUCCAAAACAUUGAAAGUUUGGAUCGCGAACAUCUACGAGAAGAGGCUAAAAUCGAUACGGAUGUCGGAAUGCGUAGCAUCGCGAAGUUGUUCGAUGCUCUUCAAAGUCGUCGAAUGGAAAACGAAGAUUGUUUUGCAGUCAGACGCGAGCAAGGUCAAUGA